UGCUUCUCAAUUUUCACGUCAUUUUGCUUACACACAGCAACGCAAGCAUCGUGCUUCAGCAAUGCCAUUGGCAUUGCGAAUAAAUUUGCCGUUUCUUAUAACAUGAUGACUGCUUCUACAAAGAAAACGGACUACUCAGCGAAACAUGGCCGACUUAAUGGCAGGAGAGCUUGGUGCGCUCAAAGUGCCAGGGGUACCCAGGAGUGGCUUAAGAUUGAACUUGAAAAGUCAACUGAAAUAUGUGGUGUUGCGACUCAAGGAAGAGAGGAUACCGAUGAAUACGUUAUAUCCUUUAAACUGUAUUAUUCUUUGGAUGGUGAUGGCUGGACUGCUUAUAAGAAUUCAAAUGGCUAUGAUGAGGUUAAUCUAUACUUUUUAGCUUAGAAGGACGUUGUAACCCCGGUCUAAGGAGUAGCGUUGUGAUCAAGAAUAUUUUGGCGGGAUUUCUGUAACCCGGUACUAUAAAUUUUAACCCUUACAUUCAAGAUGUAAACGCGUUCAAGAAAGCGGGGACAAUUCUUUGCACUGCAAAACGGUCGUUUUUUUUUUUUUUUUCUCAAAACCGGUUUAGCGUAGCGUAAGAAUAGCGUGUGAGGGGAAAGAAAGAAAAACGGACUGUCGGUUUUUCAUACAAUGAGUUCGUUCUGACCAGGGGGCUCAAAAAUGUCUUCCAGCUGUCAAAAAUCUGUUCAAAACGCCACCCUCUUUGUAAAUUUGAUAGACCCGGUGAUCGAUUUCGCGAUAGAAUAGUGCGUGUUAGUGUCUGCGCGUGCCCUAGAAUCUUGUGGUACACGCUAUCCAGUAAUUCCAAAGCCAGCAGUCUUGAGCGUUGUUUCCUAGUGCAAUGUAGUUUUUUUCUUGAAGUUCAAAAAUGAGUGGAAGUGGCAGUACGCCGACAGAGCCUGUGCCUGCUCCUCGAAGAGGGGGAAAGCCGAGCUGAGGACUUCAGAUAAUAUUAGAAUGUGCGCUGUUGUUUCAAAACACAGUUCGGCAAUUUUAAGAUUGGAUGGAUAGACUCUGCAAAUAUGUUUGUUGCCCCUGCUAGAAAAGAUGAACGUUACCAAAGUUGGCCGACCUUCUGCAAAAAGAACUUCUCGUUGUCCUUGGUGAACGAGAAUCUUUCUCUACAAGAGUUUGCUCGCCGAGCGGAACAAAGGUUAUAAACUGCCCUGCGAACACGCCAACGGGAUAGAAUUCAUCACAGUAGAGAACAUUGCGAAUGACUUAUUGGAAACAUAACUUGACAGCUUGCAAACGGCUUGGAUCAAAAUUUAGCCAGUAGGAAUUGCCGUGGCUGGGAGAUGCGGGUAAUUCGAACGAAUAUAACGUAUGCAAAGCGGACAUUCCAUAAUUUUUGCGUCUCUCCUCAGUCUCGCUCUCUGCUUUCAGCUUCGCUCCAGACCUUUUGUUUGAUUGUUCGCGCGUAUUUGAGUACGCAAAAAUACGGACUGUUUUGCAGUCUAAAUUUAUUUGAUAAUUAUUACCCUGGUCAAAAUUUUGAUUAAACGGCGAGUUUAAAUUCAAUAAUAUGUAAUUAAAUAACCUUAUUUACUCGGUUACGCGCCCCUCAGGGCGUUUAUUGAACUAUUUGGCCGCGAAAGUGAGCGCUUAUUCGAGGCUGAGCAAUUUGACUGUUUUCAAUAAAUAGUAAAUUUGCAUGUGAUCUGUGUGAUGUGGAUUAUGUUGGCUACACAGCCCGACGCCUUCAUCAACGCAUUGCUGAAUACGGAUAUUCUGUUGUCGGUAAAUAUUUUUUUAGAAGCUCACGGUGACAAAAAUCUUUUGAAAGAGGGUCAAUUUGGCGUUCUUGAGAAGUGGAAAUUUGACUGCCUCGUAUACGAAAUGUUAUUAUUCAUCACAGAGCUUAACCCUAGCCUUAAUACUCAGAGUGACUCCAUUAGCGCUAAACUCUUGGUUUAACUUUUCACAUAUUUUUAUAUGUUACUCUAUAAUUGAUCUAUUGUUUUCUCUUGUAUGUAUAGAACUUUCAUAAGGUAUUUUUUUUACUUGAUAACGACGUUCGAGAACGUCGAAACGUCGUAUUCUUAAAAUGUUUUAAGAAAAGUAUUUGCGUAAUUUUUCAUAGCUAAAUGUUUUAAAAAGUCGCUUCUUUUUAAUUUGGUAAAUUGAUCUAGCAAAAAAGAUAAAUUAAUGAAUAAUAAUAAUAAAAAAGAAAAAUAUUAAACCAAAACUAGAAGAUGAACCCAAGCAUAAUUUGAAAUGUUUACCCAUACUCCUGUUUUGCAGCUCUGUUUUUUGGUGUUCGGUGUGAGUGUGUGAGCGUGGGGGAUGGGGGCGUGUUAGGAAUGGGUGCUUAUACGUGGGUGGAAAGUGUGGAUUUGUCUUUAACCAUUGAAAAUCGCUUUACUUUUAUAAAGUUCAUUCCUGUUAUUAUAAAUGUAAUUUUAUAAAUAGAGGACUCAAUUACCUAAAAGGCUAUAAGGUUUCCUUUAUACCGCCAUAUCCUUUUUUCUAAUAAGUACUUAGAAUCUGUAGCUUUCUUGUGUGACCAAAUAAAUGAAUAAGUACAUAAAUAUACCAAUAAGUUGAAAGGGUCCUAAUGUUAAGCGUGGUUUCCUGAAAUGUAUUGAUAUUUCAAGGAAUUUUCCCAUGAUCAUUUUAUUUUAAUUUGUCUUGAAAGGUUUUCACUAGAUUUGGAAACAGCAGCAUCACUGACUACCAUCAGCUACCUGUUCCAGUGUCUCCAAAAUUCAUUGUAUUUCAUCCAACAAGUCAGCAUAUCUGGAACUGUUUACGAGUGGAGAUAUACAGCACUAAUAGCACU